AUGGUACCAGUCGAUGAUGACAGCAAUCCAUGGAAAACCAUUUAUCCAUCGCUCGCAAUACAAGCCACGCGGUCUCAAGGCUCCGAAGCGCUAUACCACGCGCUUCUUGCUCAGUCCGCAUCCCAGCUUGCGAAUUUGAGAGGGGAGGAGAAGGGAGCUCAGGCACGAGCAAGCGCAAUUCGUCACUAUGGAAUUGCACUGCACUGGCUUCGCCAGAGCCUGGCCGCUCAGUCAAAAGACUACACCACAGUAUUGGCUGCCAUGUAUUCCGUUAUUCUGGCCGAACAUGUCUUUCAAGGUACAUCCUCCGGAUGGCAAAGUCAUAUCCGUGGUGCAAGGGGGUUUGUUGGUCAGUAUUUAAACCAGCAACCCUGGAAGCAAUCUCGGGAAGCCCAUGUUAUCACGCAGAAUUUUGGGCUUAUCAUGGUCAUUUCGAAAACUACCGAUGUAAAGUCCCUCUUGACAACAACAGCUGACGAAAUCGGCGAGCUCGAUGGCUUGCUAGAUGACCUGAUGAAAAUGCCAAUUUUCGGCUACACAUUGGGAGGGACACCUCACAUGCUGAAGGCAAUCUACCAAACUCGAUUACUCGAGACACAACUUAACGCCAGGAGGGAGACCGAGGGGCUGCGUGAGCUUGACGACGAGGUGUACUCUCAAGUGGGUCAGAUCCUACAGCUGCUCUACGUACCGCUCGAUGACAAAUUGGAGUCUUAUGUAAACCACCGCGAGCUUAGUGGGAUUACCGUCCUACCUCAGCUGCGAAGACUGGCCAGAAUUCACCUUCGGCUGUUCAACACUGCAGUGACGAUCUAUCUCUUCUGCCUCGUACUGCGAUGCCCGCCUUCGGCGAUGGCGGAAGAAGUCCAUCAAGUUCUCACAGAUGCGUCGUCCUUCAUCAACCUACACAACGGUACUGUCUCGAUCUGGCCGGUCUUCGUCGCGGCGGCUGAAGCCUACACACCUGAUUCCCAGGCUCUAGCCACCCACUGCCUUGACGUCUUCAUAGAUGGGGGUGCUGGUAACCGGCGCGAUGUACAACGCGUGGUUGAGCAGGUCUGGUCAGAUCGUGAAAAAUUAGCAUCGGAGCGACAGUGCGAUCCUGGCAAGGUCUCGCUUGAUUGGCGCGAAGUUAUGAAUAGGCUCAAUGUGGAUAUCUUACUUCUGUGA